UAUUCUUCAAAGGAGUUUGAAAAAAUGCCGAAAACAACAUGUCGUAACUGUUACGAAAACAUGCCAGUCCAGUUUUUAGCCGCACAUGUGGCAUCUUGUAAGACAGUGACACUCUCUGAUGAAGAGGUGAGAAAUAUUUCUUUUUUCAUAUUAAAACAAUUAAUUAAUUACAUAUUUGUUGCCCCAUGGCUAAUAAAGUUAUUUAUUUAUUUAGUUUUUUUGGGUCUUUUGCAGACGACUUCUAUGUUUUCUACAGAUGACAGUCCUGCCAUGGACAUAACUAUGCAAAAUUCCCCAGAUAACACUUCCUCUAUUGAAACAUCUGUAACGGACACCAACAAUUUAAACCUUACUUCAUAUGCCAAGGGUUCUGAGACAACUGCCUGUCCCAUUUGCGAGCAGUUGUACCCCAGUGACACUGUAGAAUUCCACGCAAGCUACUGUGGUGAAAGAGUUUUUGAUGAAACAGAGGCCUUUGACACAGAUAGAACUGAGAUAUGUCCAAAACGAUUAAGGACACACCAAGAGAUUAAAAGCAUUGCUGAUGUCAUCAAAAGCCUUACUGAAAGGGUGGACGAAAGCAGCACCUUCAGCAUUUGUGUUACCAGGGAACAGAUGGUUGAAAGAGGCAUUAAACAGUGGCAGCGGCAGAAAAAGUCUUCCCCUAAAAAUGCCCUUAGAGUUGCUUUUAUUGGAGAGGCUGGCAUUGACAAUGGGGCGCUGAAGACAGAAUUUUUAACUGGUCAGUUUUACAGUAAUAUAAUUUAUGGUUGAUAUCUAUGAAUUUAUUGUUCUCUUUUUACUUUUCUGAGAAGAAAUGAUGUCAGGAAUAGAGAAGCGUUUUUUUGAGGGUGGGGAUGGUGGUAAAAACCCCAAGUACUCAAUUACAGACUUGGACAAACAUAACUUCAAGUAGGUUAUUUAAAUUUCACACUCAUUUGCCAAUGUUAGUUUUUUACGAUUAUUGUUGACAU